AUGAAUCCCCCCUUCCUUUAUAAAGCCUGCAUUAUCUCUAAGCUCCUCUUCUAUCACUCCCUCAACUCAACACCUCUGUCAAAACCAAGAAUCAUGUCAACAGAGCAAAAUGGCAAGCCCCAACAACAAUGGACAUGGCCGGAGCUUAAUCUACCUGACCUUUUGUUUGCAGACCCGGUCCGGGAACUCCAUGCAGCUAUUGAGAAUGAAUGGGAUCCUCUUCGGCGAUCGGCCUGUCAGACUGCGGCCGGGCGGGCGUUGUGGAAGCACGUGAUCCAUGACCCGCUUGCAGAGUUGCUUGCCGGAGAAACGUACCUGAAAAGCUUUUAUGAGAAGAUAAAGAAGGAUUGUCAUAACAAUGCUAGAGAGGUGUCUGGAGUAAUCCUUGCUGUUCGAACCCUGUGGUUCGACUCCAAAAUCGAAGCUGCUCUAGAUUCAUUCGAGGGUGGAGCAGCACAGAUUGUUCUUCUUGGUGCAGUUACUUAUUUUGCAGGAAUGGACACAAGGGCAUACCGGUUAAGUUGCUUGAAAGACAGCGAAGUUUUUGAGGUCGACUUUCCUGAAGUCUUACAAAUGAAGACAACUAUUCUGCAGGCAGCAACAGAAUCAACAGACAAUCGUCAACAUGUGAUGAUGACAGCAAAAUCUCUAAAACAGGUGGCAGCCGAUAUCCGAGAAAAUGACUGGCUUGAAAAGCUUCAGAUAUCAGGAUUUGUCCCAGAGAAGAAUACAGUCUGGGUUCUCGAAGGCAUCCUUUAUUACCUCUCCCACUCACAAGCCAUGGAAGUAUUGAAGAUCAUAGCUGAUAAUUGCACUCUUACUGGCACAGUCCUCUUAGCAGACUUCAUGAACAAGCCAUCAACCACGCUCUCCAGCUCCAUUUUCCAUUUCUAUAGUGAUUGGCCAGAUCAUCUCCUGCCAUCCCUAGGAUUCUCUGAUGUUAAGCUUUCACAAAUUGGGGAUCCAGAUGCUCAUUUUGGGCUUUUGCAUGAUCCACUAAACCUGUUCAACAAGCUUCGCAACUUGCCCAGAUCACUUCAGACCCAUCCUGAUGAUGGAACACCGUGUUGUCGCUUGUAUUUGGUGCAGGCUUCUGGUUCACCCAGUCAAACAAUUCCAUAA